AUAUAUGCCUUAAUUCUUCAGUUUUGAUGAAUUCAUGAAAAAUGAAAUUACAGUUAAGAAAUCAACAUCAACACCUAAUAUUCCUGUAAUCAGAAAAAACCAAACCGAAACAACAAAAGCAGAAAAUUCAAGAAAUUAUCAUAUAUUGCUUUAAUUUGUCUUUUAUAGUUGACAAACUGAAUAAUCUUUCCGUACACAAAACAAGAAAAAGAUUCCUCCAAAGAUUACUCUCAAACUCAUCAAUGGCAAAACCCAACACUGCUUUGCCGGAGGUAAUAGUCCUAGGUCAGCCAACGCUUUUCAAUAUCUACGGCGAACAGUUAUCCCACAAAUUCCGAUUCCUUAAACCAUGGGAAUCUUCGCUUCCAUCGGAACAAUUUGUUUCCACACAUGCUCAAUCCGUACAAGCCAUGAUUUCUUCUCCCAAAGAUUUCGUUGGCAAGAUUUCUUCCUCCUUGUUGUGCCUCCUCCCUUCGCUCCGAGUUAUCGUUACCACCAGCGCUGGCGUUAACCAUAUUGAUCUCGUCGAGUGUCGCCGCCGCGGAAUCUCAGUUGCUAACGCUGUUUCCGUUUUCUCAGAGGAUGUAGCUGACUUUGCUGUUGGAUUGUUGAUUGAUGUUCUUAGAAAGAUUUCUGUUGCUGAUCGGUUUGUUAAGAAUGGUCUUUGGUCACUUCAUGUGGAUUUUCCCCUCUGUUCCAAGGUGGGAGGCAGGAAAGUAGGAAUUGUUGGGCUGGGAAGCAUCGGUCUAAAAGUUGCAAAAAGACUUGAAGCAUUUGGAUGCAUUAUAUCAUACCAGUCGAGGAAGAAAAAGCCUGUUUCCUACCCUUUCUAUCCUGACGUUCAUGAACUAGCGACCAAAUGUGAUGUUCUUGUCAUUUGUUGUGCAUUGACAGAGCAAACUCGUCACUUGAUCAAUAAGGAGGUUUUACUGGCACUUGGGAAAGGAGGAGUUAUCAUUAAUAUUGCACGAGGAUCCGUAAUCAAUGAGAUGGAGUUGGUAAAAUGUUUGGUGCAGGGAGAGAUUGCAGGUGCUGGCUUGGAUGUUUUCGAGAAUGAACCUAAUGUUCCUGAGGAGCUCCUUUCAUUGGAUAACGUUGUAUUGACACGGCACGUUGCUUGUUGUACAGAGGAUUCUUUUCGAGAUUUAUAUGAACUCAUAUCAGGGAAUCUGGAAGCUUUCUUCUUAAACAAACCUUUGCUUUCGCCAGUUUUGGAUGACUAGAAGAUAGUGUCUCAACUUUGAUGCCUAUAUUAUAAGAUCAGCCUUGAUAUUUAUCGACAUCUCAUUCUGGAUACUCUCUGCAAAAGUGGAGUACAAAUCUGCCUUUCGUGCUGCUCAAGAAUAAUUUCUUAACCUAUUUGCAUGUUACUGGAAGCAAGUGGUGUAGGAUUGUCGGAAUGGGGAAAGUGUUUUCUGUUUUCCAUUACAAAUGCAAAACCACAAUGCUAUAUCCAGGGAGGAAGCAAUCUGAUUCAGCUACAACUCCGCAGAAAGGAAGCCAUUUGUUUUAUGCCAUUACAUGCAGUCGUGCAGAUGCUUGUCAUAUCCUAAGUUAACAAACAAAGAACUGCUUUCCCUUGUUCUUGAGAAGAAGCUAAGUUAGCGUCCAUGAAAGACUUGUAUUAUAUAAGUUUGGCAAUUCCGUUCUGUCAAAGAAUGCAAGAUUUAACAUGUUUAACCCUAUAUUUUUUAUAACCCUUUUAGGGAUUUUCUUUUGCA